AUGACAGCAAAUAGCGAGCUUAUAAGCAGCUUCUCUCCCGAUGCUCAGAAUUUUGCCUUCAAAUCAAAUAGCUUGCAAAGAAAGUAUGUGGAUUUAUAUCCGCUGAGCAAUAUCAACGAUUAUAAAGUUACUAGCUCUUUGGUGAACCACAUCGAUUAUGAUAGCGGUGAUCUCAAACUUGAUGACCUAAAAUACAUCGCGUGGUGCUCCAGUUCAGCUCGUGGUGGUGCUACUUCAUCCAAGCGCAGAAACGCGGGCGUGGAAAGUAGCAAUGGAGAUGUUCCCAGUUCAGUUCCUGAAUCUUAUUUUGUCAAUGUCUUUAAAGGUGGCAAAAUUGUGAUUUUCUCACCUACUGGUAAAGAUAUCAUAAAUAUAAUACAGAACAGACAUGAGAUAUUGGGAGUGGGUUCUACUGGUCCUAUCAUAUGGAUUUUGGACGAGGAAAAAACGGUGAAAGAGUUUGACUACAGAUCAUCCAAGCCACUCAAAACCUUUCAUCUGAACGAUGGCAAAGAAGAAGAUAUUGCGCAUUUUGAGUUGCUGGAUGUUCAAGGAAAACCAACAAUUGCGAUUUUCACUGAUUCACUUCUUUACGUGAUCGACCCGUCUAAAAGAAGGCCUUCGACAACCCUGAAGAUAAAUGUUGACAGAGGUAGACGUUGCAUCCCAGGCCCAACUGGCCGUAUAAUAGUGGCUGGGUCAGAGGAGAUACAAGUUAUUGAGUUGAAAACCGGCUCAGUGGUCUGCAGACGUCCAUUUUUAGCCUCCGAAAUCAAGUUUAGCAACGGCAAAGUUUAUGCCCAGUCCAUGGCAGGUGAGCUUCACAUUCUUAGAGCGGAAGAUCUCGAAGCAACUUGUUUGAUCAAAUGUCAGCUUUCAAAAAUUCUUCAUUUCACAUUUGUUGAUUCAAGUGUUAUAAUUGCAUGGCUCAAUGUCAACGAGCCCAGGUUCGAACAUAUUUCACUCAAGCAGACUACUGAGGAGGAUGAGAUCAUUUUCCAGCUCGAGGACAGCAGUAAUGUCCACAAUGCGAGACCCAAAGAAGAGACAGGCGGAGCUGCAUUGGAUAACAAAGAGUCGAGAAGCAAAGUAUCUAAAGACAAACAAAGAGACAUUUUGGCCUCUCUUAUCCUACUGCUUGACGAGAGAGAACAAUCAGAUAAAAUCUUGGAGAAUAUACGGUGCGAAGUUUGGUCCGAGAAUCUAAUUAAAAAUGCUGUGGUAUCAGAUCUGUCUGAGCAGCAUGUAAGGCUUGUUUUUGAUGUUAUUUCAAAGGAAAUCGCGAGCAACCCCUGGUCAGCAAGUCGGAAUUAUGCUCUGUGGUUCAAAUGGCUUUUGACAUUUUAUCAUGUAAUUCUUCUUUCAGGCCAGGACAACAGUUCAAACAAAAAGCUCAAGCAGGUUAAGUCCUCACUACGUACCAGUAGUGACGUAUAUUCUCAGCUGCUAGCAAUGAAAGGUAAGCUAGAAAUGCUCAGCGAACAAGCUAAGCUGAGAGAAGAGUUUUCACGCACCUCGCUGGAAGAUGAAAUCACUCAAUCACAAGGAGGCGAAAACUUCGAAGAAAAGGAACUUGUCUAUGCGAAUGGCGAAGGCGAUGAGUACGUUGACGCGCUUGAAUACGCUGAGAAACCUCCUCAAAUAAAUGGAAACUGA